CCCGCUCCUGUACGUGCUGCGAAUCCGCCAUCGACCGGUCCAUGCAUCGCCCCAGCAUCCUCAGCAUCCUCGCAGGGAGGCUCAUGAGCUGAUGCCCGAGGCCCGCGCAUGUCUGUGACAGAAAUUUUUCGCCGUCGGAGGACGAGCGGAGCGUCUGAUUUCGAGAGUUACAGCGUGCUCGAACCUCCUGCUCAAUUUCGCCGUAUGGCUGAUCGGAAGUGAGCCGUCAGAUUGUAUCAUGUUAGAGACCUCGGUCGGGAAAAAUGCGCGCGUCGAGAGGCUCUGAAACUUCCAAGCUGCAAAGUCUGGGAGGACUUGUCGAGGUUUUCAUUCGUGCAGCGGCAUUGGUUUUGAGGAUCGUUGAUCCCGUUGUUAGAGAGAUUAAUGUUGCAGGAAGUCAGUUCCGUCCCAGAAGUUGAGGUCAUAUGUUGUUGUGACAACCGUGAAGAAGGCAAUCACAGUGAUCGCAGCCGUAAAGUUCUGGUGCAUGAAAAGCUGAACUGAAGUCUCACGUUUGAAGUUAUGGAGAGUCCCACUGGAGGAACACCAGAUCCAGGCGUGAGCCCAGCCGGCUUGGCGGAGCGGCUGGCAGGAAUCAAGAAACCUUUGGAAACUACUCGCUCUUCGACAGGACUUUCUCUCCCUCUGCCGGGGACUAGAGACAGCAGAAACCAAUUUAAUUUGGCUAAGGCUCGUGCAGAUGCGGCUGCGGCAGCUGCAGCUGCUGCUGGACCUGCAAGCUCCCUCGGUUCAACUUAUAGAUCAAGACGUCAAUCAGGCAGUUCUCAAGUUUCUUACACCUCCAAAACGAGUUACAGAUCGACAAGUCAGCGGAAAGGCCGCAAAACCAAAAAGGGUGAAGAUUUGACGACAGGAGAGAAUGUACCGGUAUUUGAUGAGAAUGGGAAGGAUGUGACCCCAAAGCCUCUAGUUCAGCUGAAACCCACGGUUCUCUAUGACAAACUCUCACAAGCCAACGCAGGCCGAGUUUCUCCAACGAACGUGGAGGUGGAUUUCUGUGGCCCCACUUUGAGCCGGACAGGAUACUCUAUUACCAGCAGCGCCGGCAGUUUAACUCCAGAGACGGUGGAAGGAGAAGAAUUGGACCGAGAUGAUGGAACGAUGUCCGUCAAGUCUAGGUCACUAUUGGGAACUUCCAUUGGUAUUCCUGAAAUACCGAAAAUUAUACAAGUUGUGAUGGCUCCAGUUUCUUUACCAACGACACAAAAGGAGAAAGAGAAGAUCAUCUACGUGUAUUUACAUGAGAGUGAAAGUUUUGUCCUGUUGAAUUUCAAAGGUGCAAACUAUAACGCUGCGUUUGAAGGGCUGAAUGCUGCAACGGAAAGAAAUGACCGUUACGCGAAGCUUCUUGAGCUCAAACAAGGAAGUGACAACUAUUCCCACGCAUACGCUCAAACUUUGGUGCGUCUUUUGAAAAAGAAAGAGGUUCAAGUGUGGGCACCUUCGAUGCAGUCUGAGGCAUGCCAGGCUAAUGCGUGGGAUAUACACGAUACCAUAUCUGGUCAAAAACAGCAAGACUUGAGGGAUCCAUGGGCAAUAGCACAGGCUAAAAAAGCUGCUGAGCUAGCAGCGGCAGAUGCUGCACAAGUCCCAACCACCCUCCCUAAGCUAUUUGGGUUGAUGGAAGGACCGAAUGCUCCGAAUGCUCCAACUCCCAUAGCCAGUCCUCAGCCUUCUAGACGACCAUCUACACAAGGAGGAGCUCAAUUUUCUAGACGAGGAUCGGUAUCUGGUCAAUACUCUCGACGACAAUCUGUUAGUGGAAAAAUAUCCCGGAGAGGUUCUGUUAGUGGAGGGGUUCUGUCUCGAAGGAUAUCGACUACAGCAAGUGUCCAAGUGGAAGAUCUAUUUGGGAAACGCCCAGGUGUUGUUGGUAGCAGUGUUGGUGAUGGUGCGUUGGGUAGCGAUGGUUUGCAAAGUGCACGCGCCCGAGUGUUUGAAGGUGAUAUUUCCAAGCUUACGAAUCUAUUCAAGUCGCUGCAGGUUGCGGAGAGAGCUCUAGUCCAAAACACGUUCCAUGAAAAGCUUUUGGCGUAUAAAGAUUAUCGGCCGCGGGAUCCAGAGCCACCUCCACCCGAACCACCCAAACCGGAAGUAACAGAAGCUUCUCCUCCUAAGAAGGAGCCUCCUCCAGCUCCAGUUCCAGUUCCAGCCAUAACUCCUGACAAUGGAGAACCUGUAAUUCCACCACCAUCACCGACAGAAGUAUCUGAUCAGAAAUUAAAUUGGCUUUGGGAUUACAAAUGCGAUCUCACAGCUGAAAAGAAUGUUAGCUGCAUGUGCUGGAACAAGGUGAACAAGGACUUGCUGACAGUUGGAUACGGACAGUUUGACUUUGGCACUCAAAAGGGAGGUGUGGUGGCAUUUUGGUCCAUAAAAAACCCUGGGUAUCCUCUGGCAACGAUAGCUUGCAAGUCUGACGUUACUGCUAUCGACUUUUCUACUUCAUCUCCAACCUUGCUUGCAGUUGGCUUCUACAACGGUAUACUAGCAAUCUACGACACGAGGAAUCCGAAAGAUGCAUCACCAGUUGUGCAGAGCGGCAUGAACUCAGGCAGGCAUGGAGAUCCGAUUUGGAAGAUACAAUGGAUUGACUCCGCAUCUGAACAUGGAGAGUCUCUUGUCUCCAUUUCUACAGAUGGCCGCGUUUCUCAGUGGUUUUUGAAGAAGGAUUUGGAGUUUGUGAACCUAAUCAAACUCAAAAAGGUCUCUGGAUCUUCGAAAGGGGAACAAGCUCAGCCAUUUAUAUCUCGACGUGCGGCGGGAAUGUGUUUCGAUUUUUGUCCAAGAGAUCCCGGAGUUUACUUGGUGGGAAGUGAAGAAGGGCGUGUGUACAAGUGUGACCGUUCUUACAGUGAGCAGUACAUGGCCACUUACGUCGGGCACACAGGACCUGUAUAUCAGGUACGUUGGAAUCGCUUCGUACCGAAUUUCUUCUUGAGCUGUAGCAGUGACUGGACUGUUCGCUUCUGGCGUGAAGAGCAGGAGACUGCACUUAUGGUAAUCCAGACAGCAAAUGAACCUAUUUCGGAUGUACAGUGGUCAAACAAAAACUCUACGGUGUUUGCGACUGUCUCGGCCGAUGGGCGAUUAGAGAUAUGGGACAUGGGUAUCUCAGUUAUGAAGCCUACAGUCAUCCACAAGGUGGAAAACUCGAAGUUGUCUUGUCUUAUUUUCGGGGACGAGGUUCCUGUGGUUCUUACUGGUGGAAGCAAUGGAGCUGUGAGCGUGCUACGAUUGGACGGUUUCGGAAAGGUUGACAGUGACGUAAAACAGCAGAAAAAGUUUAAAGAAGCUUUGGCCUUGAACAUUAAUGCUCAUCUCUGAAAGUGAUUCGAUAGAUCUUGGUCUGAUCUGUCUCGACCAAGUUCCUCUAUCAGUGACACCAGCCGAACAUCAAAGCUAUUCAUGAGCAUUAUGUGUCGGAUGAUGCUAUUGGAUGAGAUAAGUAGGUUGCGUCACUCCAGGAGUUUGUGUACACCACCAAGCGGGAGACAAACAACACUAAGGUGACGAUUCAGCCGAAGAAAUCAGCCUUUUGAAGACUGUUCACCUACAUGGUAUAUUAUAAGCUGUUCUUGUAAACUGAACGAACUCCGAUAGCUCUGGUGAUAUCUCUCUCUUCUCGGCACCCAGGUUGUGUGAUCGGUGAGUCGGGGAUACUGACGGACACACCGUUCUCUUUGGGCUAGGCGCUAUUGUCUUCCUAUUCAGACUGCAGACAGACACGCGACUGUACAUGGACACUGACUUGAGAGAAGAUCCCAGUGGACUGCCGAGGAACUUCUGCUCCCACACCAACCGCUCUGUCAACUGCGCAGACCGUGUGGACAUAGAACUCCUCCCGCUACUGUUACAUAUUUUGAUGUGUUCAACUCGACAGCUCAUGGCGCAUGUCGAUGUGAGCUUCUGGCCUCUGUAGACCAGUCUCGGUCACCCGACUUGAUACCGUUACAGUUGACUUCAGUGUUCAGGAGACAUCACAAAACUACAAUGGAGAUGAAGCCAUGGUUUUGUGCAGUUAUGUGUGACAACCCCCUCACAUUCUGUAUAACACAGGUAUGUACGCUAAGGUCAAGUCUUCUCUACUAUGGACUACUCAAGAGAUCAACGAGCAUCAUACAAGUAUUCAAAGAGACGGGCUGCAACUAUCAUAUUACCCAAAGAUGUAUGUCCACCGAUACGUGCACAUUGGGCUGGGGUUAAUCAUCUCGUAUCCAUAUGGAGCCUGAGAUCAGACAGAGAUCAGACAGAAACAACGUAAGGACCAACUUUACAACCAGCUUUGCAUCGUAAGGACAUGUUCGAGGACUUUGAUUUCCUUGCUUGGACUACCAACAUUUCAAUAAUAGACAACACGGAAACCUCGUCUUCAGUCAUGCUGCCUUCAUUGCCAUGUCAGGCUUCAAGUUAUGUGCAGGCCCGACUCUAAUACUGUGAUAGCAAGACGUGCACCUCGUAGUCUUGGCUCCAUCCAUGAUGAAGGCCGUGAGUUCCAUCACUUGGAACAAAUACUUCGGGGACUGAAUAUCAGGAGUUUGCAGAAUGUGGAUGCUGUUGCGUUUCCUCUGCGAUCACCACGAAACCGAAAAUGUUCGCUGAGAAAACGCAACAGCAUCCACAUUCGAGAUUCCAUGCGUUUCGAAUGCCAUGAUUCCGACUACUCUAAUCGUUCCACCUCGUCGGAACCGCCACCCCACCCCGCGAGGCCGAGUUGCAUAGGCCGAGUUGCAUAAGCGGCAGGGGACAGCAGCCGUGACCGUGCGAAGAAAGAAGGAUGUCUGAACGAUAUCGAGAGCCGGGGUCAGCUCCAGGAAACGGCAUGCAAAGAGAGAUAUAGAGAGUGUAUCGCAAGAACAAGGCCGAUUCAAGAGCAUCAAGCGCAUGACUGCGUUGUGAACUCAAUCACGAAUCGAGUGAGUGGGUACAGAGUCGGGCAUACAUUCGCAGGCAGUAGUCAUGCAGUCAAAGAGAGAGAGGAGAGGAGAGGAGAGGGAGAGAAUGGGAGUGCUAGCGGGUGCUCAUGUUGGUGGUGUAAUCGCAGAACUGGCCGUCACUUCUAGCAGUGGGGAAUGGAAGCUCGAUGGUGCGAGUCCUCACGUGAAGGUUUCUUAUAAGCGGACUUGCAGGUAAGCCCAUCCUGAAAUGGGAGGUCUACCUUUGCCAAGAAGACCUCCCAUACUGGACCGACAGCACAACUUCAGAAGCUCGGGCUUCGAAUGUUGCGAGUAACUGUUGGGCUUGUGGUAUCUAGAAUCUAGAUAUUAUUUGGUAAAUUCACGAACACAACUGUCCCUUCGUAUCUCCUCUUUUGUUCCACUUUACUGGGUCGUGCUCUACUGCCUCGCCUCGCCCGGGAACUGUACUGAACCUCCAUUGGCGUCGAUAUAUAGCGUCAAUAAUCGAGAUAAAGUACUGUGUCCGGCUCCAUUUGCGUUCCCGGAGCUUGUCAUUCCUGACUCAUGGCCCCUGCAACACUCCAAGGCUCAAGUCAAGGAUUAGGUGACAGUACCACUGAUCAAGUCAUGCUGAUUCGGCCCAUGACACCACUCGGACGUGAUAUUUCGUCGGCCCUUGCGCCAACGUGGUGCUCUAGUAGAUCCAUAAUUCGAACCGCAGAGUGGUCCACUUGAAAGGUCGGACACGGAACUGGUCCGUCCCCUGCCUCUCUUGUCUUGUCCCGUUCUCCCUCUGGUCCUGUGGGGUUUUACUCGACGUCCUCCGUUUUCCCUGCCACCCUUCAUCCUUUGCCACUACCCCAUCCUCCAGAAGGACCCUUCGUGACCCUUAAAAUAUCUUCCGGUCUCCAAUCACCAUCUCACAAAGUGUAAAUAAAAUAUAUCCUUUCAAAAUCC